CCUUUAUAUAUAUUGAUUGAUUGAUUGCCCAAUUCUGGUUCUUUUGUUGUGUGAGUGAGUUUAUUUCUCCUUUUUGAGUUCUGGGUUUUUGAAAAAAUUAUGGCUUUCCUUUCCCAUAUUGCAGACUCAUCCAUGAAUCACACGUGCUUUCUCAGAUUUCCCAUUAUACUUUCAGUGAACUAAAUUCCUUACAAAAAGGAUAUCAUAUUUUUCUUCAAACGCUUCCAUCCUCGGCGAUGGGGACCUACCUUCAUGCCAAUUCUGAUCACUUCCAGUCUCCUGAUGCUGCCCUUCAAACCCUCGUUUUAAGGAACCCAACCUAUGUCCAAUUCUCCGACACUCCGCCGCCUCCUCCGCCUCCCUCGCACCCUAAUCUCCUUUUCUUCAAUUCCCCUGCUUCUGCCCCUGCUGCUCCUAAUUCCUUCUCUAUACAGCAAUUCGUUGGAAUCCCCACGUCCCAAGAUGACAAUUCCCAUUCCUUGAACCCCCACCAUGACAUCUCCGCCUUGCACGGCUUUCUCCCCCGUGUUCAACACAAUAUUUGGAAUUCAAUUGACACUUCCACGGCGGCGCGUGAUUCUUCACGCGCUCAGCAGGGUUUGUCGUUGAGUCUCUCUUCGCAACACCCUCCUGGUUUUGGGUCGAGAGAUGUUGUUCAAUCGCAUACCCAGCAGGCGGUUUCUGGUGAGGAGACUCUGCGGAUCUCUGGUGGAUCGUCUUCUUCGGCUUCUGGUGUUACCAAUGGCGUUGCUGGAAUUCAGGGUGUUUUAAUUAGCUCUAAGUAUCUCAAGGCUGCGCAAGAACUUUUAGAUGAGGUUGUCAAUGUUAGCCAAAAUGGAAUUAAGAACGAAUCGUCUCCCAGAAAGGGAAACAGACAUCAAACUAAGAUGAACGGAGAUGCAUCCGCUGCUACUGGAACUGCUGAUGGUUCCUUAGAAGGUGAAGCCGACGGUAAACGCGCCGUCGAGCUCACCACCGCCGAGAGACAAGAAAUUCAGAUGAAGAAAGUAAAGCUUAUUAGCAUGCUUGAUGAGGUGGAGCAGAGGUACAGACAGUACCACCACCAGAUGCAGAUAGUGAUAUCCACUUUCGAGCAGGCGGCCGGCGCCGGGUCGGCGAGAACCUACACGGCCCUUGCACUUCAAACGAUCUCAAAGAAAUUUCGCUGUUUAAAAGACGCCAUCGCCGGCCAAAUUCGAGCAGCCAGCAGGAGCUUGGGUGAAGAAGAAUGCGUCGGAAAAAAAAUGGAAGGUUCCCGGUUGAAAUUCGUCGAUCACCAUCUCCGGCAACAGCGGGCUCUGCAACAAUUGGGUAUGAUCCAACACAAUGCUUGGAGACCCCAGAGAGGCUUACCGGAGCGCUCUGUUUCGAUUCUUCGCGCUUGGCUUUUCGAACACUUCCUCCACCCUUACCCUAAGGAUUCGGAUAAACACAUGCUCGCUAAGCAAACAGGGCUCACCCGAAGCCAGGUUUCGAAUUGGUUCAUAAACGCGAGAGUUCGGCUAUGGAAGCCAAUGGUGGAAGAGAUGUACAUGGAGGAAAUCAAGGAGCAAGAACAGAACGGAGGUGGAUCGACACCGGCGACGGUGGGGGAAAGAAACAACGAAGAUUCAGUUUCAAAGUCCAUGGAGACAAAAAGCCCCAAUUCAAAACAAGAGAAUUCCCCGAACCAAAACGUUCAUCCUUCAGUUUCAAUUUCAAAUUCCUCCGGGGGAAAUGUCCGAAACCCAUCUGGGUUUACACUAAUUGGAACCUCAUCGGAGCUGGAUGGAAUCACUCAAAGAAGCCCCAAGAAACAGAGAGGCCCCGAAAUCCUCCAUUCCUCAGACAACAGCGUGGCAUUCAUAAACAUGGACAUCAAACCCCGAGAAGAAGGAGAAGGACAGAAUCAACAGAAUCAGAACCAAAAUCACGAUGUACCAAUGAAAUUCGACGAGGAGAGACAAAACAGAGAUGGGUAUUCAUUUCUAGGCCAACCCCAUUUCAACCUCGGCGGAUUCGGGCAAUACCCAAUAGGGGAAAUGGCGAGAUUCGAGGCGGAUGAGUUCACUCCAAGAUUCUCCGGCAACAAUGGCGUGUCUUUGACUCUAGGGCUUCCCCAUUGCGAAAAUCUGUCCUUAAACGCAGCAACCCACCAAAGGUUCCUCCCAAAUCAGAGCAUCCAAUUAGGAAGAAGAACAGAAAUUGGAAAAGCCGCCGAUUAUUCCGCCAUGAACGCCUCCACAACAGCGCACUCCUCCGCCGCCUUUGAUACCAUGAACAUCCAAAAUGGAAAACGUUUCGCCGCCCAGUUACUGCCGGACUUCGUGGCCUAAACCCAAAAUUUCAAAUUCACUCUGCAGAUUGGGGGCAGAGAUUGUUGAAAGGUACUAUUGUAAAAAAAAAAA